AUGUCUGCGACCGUUUGCUACAAGACCACACUGGCCCCUGGCGGCCUUUUUCAAGAAGAUCGCGCCAUGGACACCCCUCACUUUUUCAGCGACGCGGUCGCUGAUAUGGACGGAGAUGGUUCGUACCCGGAUAUCUUCAGCCAUCAGCAGCUUGACCUGUCGUCGUAUACCAACAGCCCCAAGUUAGCUGUGGACCCGAUGCUGCUCGCUCCAUCUCUGCCAGCUCAACCAUCAAACCUUGCCGACACCAUCGUCAUACCCGCUGGCCAAGAUUCGGCAGACAACGUGCAGACCGCUGCGGCGUCGGUAUCAACGCGCCGGAGCGAUCGAAUCGCCCCAGCAACCAAAGUCGUCCCGCCCAAGCUGGUCCAGAACUCGUCAAACGAUUCGACGACAACGCAGGAGAGCCGGCCGAUGACGAUCAGUGAUGCUUCCUCUAGGAAGUCCAAAUCCACCAGUGCUGCUUCCACGCCUCCACCAGAAGCGCCAGCGCCUAGAAAACGGAAAUCCAGGAAAGUGGAAACCAGUGCCAAGACCGCAGAGAAGAAGGACGGCAAGAAGGACAAGCUGCUCGAGAGGAACAGGAUCGCCGCCAGCAAGUGUCGGCAGAGGAAAAAGGAAUAUGUCUCCGACCUUGAGGAGACCAAGACCCGCUUGGAGACACAGCACUCUCAGCUGCAGCUCGAGUACCAUACUCUCUUGGACGAGGUGACGCGGAUGAAGACUGAUGUCAUGGCCCACGCGGCCUGCAACGACCCCAACAUUGACAGGUGGAUUGGCACAGAAGCCAGGAGGUUCGUCCAGCGGGUGAACCAGAACUGCAUGGCGCAGCAGAACAUGGCCUUCAACGAACCACCAGAGGUCAAACGCCCCAGCACGGCUCCGUCACCGUAUACCUCUCGUCGAGAUUCGAUCUCGCAGGAGAAUCCUGCUACACGGCGUGGCAGCAUGGCGUUCUCUCACGUCGGCGAAGGUGAUGCUUUCUGGGAGGACGAUCUAUCAGACUUGCCGUUCCUGGCCUCCUCGGUAGAGAUGUCGCCGGUCGACGCCAAGUUCCCCAUGCCCUCGUCUCCACAGAUCAAAGAGGAGCACGCGAUGAACUACGAUCACAUGCCGGACAGCAUGUUCAGCUCGCCCAGAGAGAGCGGAACUACCGCCUAA